AUGGCCCAAAAGCAUAGAAAGAUUUUCCUUUUGCUUCUACUAUUAAGCCUUUUAAACCUGCAGGUAUUGUGUAAAACGCUGAAGGUUGGCGUUCUAACAAGAGAAAAUUUUAAGUACUUCAUAGAUGCAGAUCAUGACGGUCAGAAAAAUGUUACAAAUGCCACCGGAUUCUCUUUGGAUGUGUUCCGUACUUGCAUUCAUGCAUUACCAUAUGAAGUGCCAUACGAGUUCAUACCGUUUACCAAUGGAGGUUAUGAUGAUCUUAUAAAGAAAGUUUAUGCUAAGGAGAUUGAUGCUAUCAUGGGUGAUUCAACGAUUCUUGCAAACAGAUCUCAGUAUGUUGACUUUACAGCAACUUAUACUGACAUGGGUAUAGGAACAUUGGCAAAACAGAAAAAUAAUGAUAUGUGGAUCUUCUUGAAGCCACUUGAAUGGAAGCUUUGGAUAAGCAUUGUUGGUUUUGCAGUUCUCACUGGCCUCAUCAUUUGGGGUAUUGAAUCCAUGAAUGAAGCGGCUGCUCAAGAAAUUGGAACAACCUUUUGGGUCAUUCUAAUGACCCUUUUCUUUGCUCAAAGAGAUCAGAAACUGUGUAAUCUGUCAAGGUUCGUGUUGUUUGUUUGGUUACUUGUGGUACUUAUUCUGAUCUCAAGUUACACUGCAACAUUGAGUUCACUUUUAACGGUUGAACAAUUUGAGUUAGCAUCAAAGGGUGGAACGGUGGGGUUUCAUGGCGGCUCUUUUGAGGCUGGCCUGGCAGGAGUGACUGUUAGCAACUUGCAUUUUGAGGAUUAUACGCAGAAACCGUUCUAUUCGUACGAAAAUUAUGCAGAAGCAUUAUCAAAAGGUGGAAAGCAUGGUGGUGCUGAUGCUAUUAUUGAUGAAAUCCCUUAUAUCAAGAUGUUUCUUGCCAAGUACUCUAGUGAUGAUUAUGCAAUGAUUUCAUCUGAACCUUCUACUUCUGGUUUUGCUUUCAUCUUCCAAAAAGGAUCUCCUUUGGUAACAGAUAUGUCAAGACAAAUUGCAAAAUUAAGGGAAGACGGAACAUUGAGACUUCUGGAGAAGAAGUGGUUUGAGAAACAAUCUCUAUCAUCUCUAAAUCCUCCAAGAAAUCCACAAGUCUUGAGUUUUACUAGGUUUAAAGGUUUGUUUAUUGUUAGUGGAAGCUCUUCAGCUUUGGCCCUUUUGGUAUCCGUAUUUUACUUACUUCGUGCAAGAAUGGAGGUCGAGUGGAUCAUUGCUUUGGUCGUGCGACGAAAUUUAGUGGGUGCCUUGUGGAAUCACUUAUUUCGAAAUGCCAUUUGGAUAUAGAGACCUAUUUUAGAGUCAAGGGAUCCUUUAAGAUCAAAAACUAUCAAAUUAUGGAUAUAUAUUGCAUGGAUUACUUGAAGGACUCCCUUCAAGCCACAUAUAUCUAUGUAGCUUAUAUGGGCGCCAAUUGAUUUUGACUAUCAAAAGCUUGAGAGCUUAGAUGCUCUCAAGCACGCAAGAUCUUAGUAUUGUUUUUUCAGUGUCAUAAUCCAUAUCCUGGUCAAGAUGUUUACUUUCCUUUACAUAGUUGUUUGUUAAGUGUUGGUUA